ACAAAUGAAGCUUUCGAUUCAACAGAUCAAGCUUAACUGUUGCUCAGAUGCUGUUUGAGAGCCAGUGCAGUAGGGUUUCCCUCUUCGCUUCUCUGAACUCGAACCGUCCCACGCAAUCAUGUCUAUCGCCCACACUGCUGGCGAGUACAUGCUCUCAGAUGCUUUGCUUCCAGAUCCUAAAGGGUUCAGGGCAAAGGGGCUUCGCUUGGAAUUAUCGUGUGACCGCGUCGUGAAGUUUGUCACAGUGGGUUUACCGCUGUUCCUGGUGUCCUUGGCGUUUGCACGGGAAUUUUCCGCUGGCUCCCAAAUCAGCUGCUUCUCACCAGGCAACUUCACAGGGAAGCAGUCUGCCUACGUUGACACCAUGUGCUGGGAUUCGUUGCUUCACUAUGAAUCAGGUGCUACAGGGGACUCAAGAUCCAGUUUCUUCUGGGUUCUCAAGGUCUUUCCAUAUUCCUUCCUGCUUAUUGCAGUCGCCAUGUAUCUACCCUACCUGCUUUGGAGAUACGCUGCUGCCCCUUCACUCAACUGUGACCUGUUCUUCAUCAUUGAUGAGCUGGAUAAAUCCUACAACCGUUCCAUCCGCUUGGUGCAGCACAUGGUGAAACUGCAGCAGACUGGCACUGAUCCCGAGGAAUUAUGGGAAGAAUAUGACAAGGCUCGCAGUGAACGCUAUUUUGAGUUCCCUCUUUUGGAGAGGUACCUGACUUGCAAGCAGCACUCCUACUAUCUUGUGAGCAUCUACGUGCUGAGGAACCUCCUCCUCCUGUUCCUCCUGGCUGUCACCUGUCUCUACUUGGUCUACUGCCACGCGAGUGUGUUUUUCAAGGACGAGUUCAGCUGUUCAAUAAGGACAGGACUCCUAAAAGAUGAGCCUCACAUCCCAGACUUUGUUCCUUGCAAACUGGUUUUCUUCUCCAUCUUCCAGUUGACCAGCAUCUGCCUUGGAGGGGUAUAUGUCCUCCUGGGGCCUGUCCUGAUCUACCACUUGCUCCAGCUGUGUCAGUGGGACAAGCGGCUUUUGGCCAUUUAUGAGAUGCUCCCGGCUUUUGACCUGCUCAGCAGGAAGAUGCUGACCUGCCCUCUGAAUGACCUAAACAUCAUAUUGCUGUUCCUGCGAGCCAAUAUCUCCGAAGUCAAGUCCUUUAGCAGGUUGAGUGUGCUCUGCACCCUGAGAGAUGUCACUGCAGACAAGGAGAACAUUGACACUGUAGUAGAUUUCAUGACCCUCCUUGCUGGCCUGGAGAUGUCCAAGCCUAAGGACCAUUUUUGCUCAACAGGAGCUGAUGGAAACUCACCUCAUUCCAACUGUGGAGUUGCGGACAUGAAGCCCACCCAUGAAGCUAAAGAAAAUUGAAACAGCGUGCUGUCUCUGACCCUUGCUUCACUUGAAGGAGCAGCAUUCAAGGAAGCACUUGGGACAGAUGAACAACGCUGGAGUUCAGAAGAGAACAGCCAAACAUCACAGACCUAAACACUGGCAAUGGUAAAGUGCUUUGUGCCCUAAGUCAUGCUUGCUCCGAUGGACCGGUGGGGCAAUCUGAAAGGACUAACCAAACUGCUUGUUUACUGGCUACCAAAUCCAAAGCAUUUCAUGUUUCCACAAUCCAUCCAUCCAUCCAUC